GCUGUCCUGUACACCACAUUGGUCAUCCGGUCAUGAACGUGGGGUGGCACACUGCCGUCCAGACGCCGUUGGUGACAUUCGUUCCUAUUCCCGAGUACUGGCAAACACCAACAGCUGUAAACGUUCAUAAGUAUCGAAGGCGCGGAGACAGAGUAAGCAACUCACUUAUGGAAUCUGAGCUAUGGUUGACUAUCCAGAUCGAGCACGAAGAAGUCUUGGCACUCAGAGCUUGUCCUGAGAGAUGCGUGAUAAUAGGAUUAGCGAUCUUGCACUCGGUCGUGUUCGCUUUUGGGACAUUGGUACAAGUUCGUCCAAGCUGCGUCGUUUCCUUGCACCGGAUUCUUCAGCCCAGAAUUCGAACGUCUGAGCCUUUAGCCAGAGCUUCUAUAGAUAAUAUCGCAUCAGUUCCGGUGACAUUCUUUCGCGAGGACUCGGCUCAGGAACUCGACGUACUAGUGGAUGCCCCAGAGAAGGAUCUCCUCCCGCCUUUGCUGUCUUCGGUGGCAUUUGAGAUGGAAAUUGCGGAGAGUAGAAGGACGAGGGAUGCGAAGAGGGAACAGUACGUCUUGGUCGGAGGGGGGGGUAAAUUGGGAGAGGUAUCAAAGAAAGGUGAGCAGUCCGAGAUAGAGGGCCAAUUAAUUUUGUGGUGGCGAUUGGCCGAAAGUUCGUGUUUGAGGGAAACGACUCUGCAGGUCACAGGCAAAAAAUGCACUCACAUAGCCGCUGGUCGUGGGAGCGUCGGGCAAGUACUCGAGAUGGCUAUCGUAUGGUAUACGGGAAUAAGAGAGCAAGGUAUAAGAGCUACAAUAUUCAAGAAGAUGGUAGAGGCGGAUAUCUUUUGUUUGCUGACGAGAACCGCAACACGGGAAGGAAAGAAUGGAAGGGAGGGGUCCAAGUGGCAGACAAGGGUUCACGAACAACCCGGUCACGCCUGUAUAUAUACAAACAAUCAGACAGCGCAAAGAAGGGGGACAUGGGUGCAUGGUGAAGGUUGGUUGAACGCGGCGUGUGGCUGCUCCUAUUUGCUACUUCUUCAACGAGUAGAAGCAGACGAGUUCGAUCAUCUACUUGUUCUUAUCCUUUUGAGAGUUGACGAUAGGAACCACGAUGAUAAUGAGCAAUACGAUGAUACCGAGGAUCACGAUGAGUGUCCACUAAUUUGGCAAAAGCCGAAUAUUAGCGCGCUGAAUGGAGAGUGCACAAUUAGCACGGGAAUAAAAACGGCCAAACCAUCUGCGUAG